GUCAAAAAGCCUAUCCAAAGCCAUGGCUUGUGCCUACCCCAACGCCAACGCCCUCUUUUCCUCUCGCAAAUGCAGAAACAGACACCGCCCCUUCCCCCUCAUCACUGCCUCACUCCCCCUCCACCGCCGCCACAUCGCAGUUGCAGCGGCGAUCGCGAUGGCGACGAUGCACGUGACGACGAUGCCGCUCGCGCUCGCUCAGAAUUGGGGCACCCGCUCGUUCCUCAAAGAGCGGUACUUCGAGCCGGGGCUGUCGGCGGAGGACGCGGUGGCGAGGAUAAGGCAGACCGCGGAGGGGCUGCACAGCAUUCGUGACAUGCUGGAGACCAUGUCGUGGAGGUACGUCAUCUUCUACAUCCGUCUCAAGUCCGCAUAUCUCUCUCAAGACUUGAAAACCGCCAUGGCCACGCUCCCCCAAGCUCGUCAAAGUGACUACGUCAAAGCUGCUAACGAGUUGGUCGAUAACAUGGCCGAGUUGGAUUAUUACGUUCGCACGCCCAAGGUGUAUGAGUCUUAUUUGUAUUACGAGAAGACACUGAAAUCCAUAGACAAUCUGGUGGCUUUGUUGGCAUAGCUGCAAAUUCAAAUUCAAAUAAUACCCAAAAUCGGAUCGAAACGGCCUCAUACUUCUGAUUUCGAUGUCAUGUUUUAAGAAUUUUUUAACUUUUUAUUCAAGUACAGCACCACACUAAUAAUGUAGAAAUUAUUAUUUUGUUUUUUCAAUCUUGGUUAUUGUGGUUACGUUGCUGAUUUGUAUUUUAAUGAAUAAUUAUCUCUCAGCAUAAUCGUUAGCA